UGUUUAAAGUUUCAUCUCCACAGACACAGGUGGUGAGCGGGUCCGCUGGUCCACGUAAAAGCAAAGGGUAGUGUCACAGGUUUGAUACCAGCGAGUCGAGGAGGCGAGCGAGGCCGCAGGAAGGAGUCGCAGUCCCCCGGGUGAAGCUGCCACCUCUCUCCCCGCCCCGGCGAAGCGAAGUUCUCGUCCCCGCCGUGGGGUUUAAAGUUCAGGCUAACUACAGCGAGGCUAGCAGCCAGUUAGCUCCGGGUGGUCGCUCACAAUGGCAGCUGUGUGUCCGCCUCGACGGGCCCUGAUGGAGAUACCUGCCCCACAGCCCAAGAUAGCAGCUCGGAUGAGGAGGUCCUACCUGGAGAUUCUAGGCGCUCGCUUAGCGCCAUCUCCACUUCCGAGGGGCCGAAGUGCAUCUGCGAGCACCAGGCGCGUGCACUCGUUGGACUUGCCCAUCGGCGGCGUGUGGACUGGCAGGAUAGAGGAGCAGGGCGAGAAGAUGGACGAGCACCAAACCCCGAUCUCCAAACAGCAGCUCGUGCAGCUGAUCAGAUCCCUCAUCUUGGUUGAACAGAGCCAAGAGCCCAGGGUCCUGGCCUCGGACUUGAAGUAUCUCCAGGAAGACCUGCAGCUAAAGAAGGCGAACGUUUACAGGUCCAUCCCGUACUCACGCUUCGGCUCCAACCGAGAUGCUCACUGCUACAGGAAGGCCUAUCCACACCUGGUGGCGUUCAAAGUCUCCUGUCAGGAGUGGGGCCAAGUCCUUCUGAGGAACAAAGAGUGGGACGCCAUGCUGGAGCACACGCUGAUGGCGUGGCGCUACACCAGCGAGCUGCCUCAGUGGGACACGGCGAACCACAACGCGGUCCGAGAGCAGUGCUACGGCAUCCUGGCCGCUCACAGCCUCACCGCUCUGCAGCACUACCGGCCUGAAACAACCAGAGGACGCGAGCUGCUCAGAAGCCGACUAAAUUUCCCCCAGAAUCGACAUCCCACUGGAGAGUCCUCUCGCCCCCUUCUGAGUGUUGAAGAUGGCUCAGCUGUACAGCCAGUCAAUCGUGCCCUGUAUUCAGGAGCUGCAGAGGAUUAUGGGAUGUGCAGAAGACUCCUCUGUGGAUUCCAAAUAAGAUAAUAAAACCUAUUCAAACGUGUGGCUGUGGUCAUGUCACACAGGUGCUUUACAGAUGAUCUGAUAACUUUGAGACAAAGGGCCAAAAAGUGUUGGUGAAGCCACUUCAGUGUUCUUCCAAAAUGCAGGGUAGAAACUACAGAAGUGAGAUUUCAGAUAACGCAGGUUUAAGAGGGUCCAGAGAGGACACAAGUUUGAAAUCACUGAUGUUACGGGAAGUGUAACAUCUGUUGUGUCGCAUGGCAUAAUGUGUUUAUCAUUAAUGUAACAUGUUAAAGACCCUGUUACAGAAGCUGUAGCUCAACAUGAUAAGAAUCUUUUGUACUUUUUUAGAAAUUUGUAUAUGAAAACUUUUGUAUUGACCAUUGAAAUGUAAAAAGUAUGAAAUGGCCUUUUCUUGUUGCUUUCUGUGUGUAUAUUGUCUCUAUUACUGUCUUCAAUACUUGAAAUGAAUUCAUCUGUCUGUACUCCUGUUUUGUAUGUUGUGUGUCUUGUACAGAAUGGUCUGCGUCACCGAUUGCACUGCUGCAGUUUGUCCUGAAAACUUGAAUUUUUUUGAUAAAAUAGACCCUUAAUUUAAAUAAAGUCAUGACUUUACAAGAGAAA